AUGGCCGAUGCAGAAAAGCAAGACAAGGCUUUUCCUCCUACAGGGUCUGAACCGAAGCCCCUGGUUGGCCAGGUGACCGAGGAAGUGGUCUUGAGCAAAGAUGGCCUCAAGCUGUUCCCACAGCCCGUCCUCGGCGACGACCUCGACCCCCUGAACUGGUCUUCUGCGCAAAAACACACAAUAUUGGCCAUUGUAAUGUCACUGUAUUUCAUGUUCACCUACAUCACCACGACCACCGUCCCAUCCUUCCCCGAUCUCCAAACCACCUACUCCGCAACCCUAGAACAAGCAAACUGGACCGUCGCUAUCCCCGCUCUCGGCCUUGCUCUGGGCCCGUUGCUCUGGGCGUCCCCAGCCGACAUCAUCGGUCGACGGCCCAUCUUCAUCCUCGGCACUCUCAUGGCCCUGGUCUCGACCAUCGGGGCCGCGUUGGCGCCGACCUACUCCGGUUACAUGGCGGCUCGGUUCUUUCAGGGCUUGGGAGUAAGCCCUGCGUCCAAUGUCGGUUUGGCCAUCAUCAACGAUAUUUUCUUUGACCAUGAGCGAGGGCAGAAGCUGGGGCUUUGGGUCCUGGCUAUUGACCAAGGGCUGUUGUUUGGGCCGUUGAUCGGUGGGUUUGUGAAUAUUGCGGGUUAUCAGUGGAUUCAGUGGGUUUCGGCCAUUCUCUUUGGGGUUAUUCUUCUUGCGGAGGUGUUCUUCCUCCCCGAGACGCUCUAUCCGCGCCAUCUUAUGCUUGCACAAAAGCAUGGGGUUCGAACGGCUGCUGUCCAGGCGGGUGAUGAGAAGGCCUUGACGGAGAGUUGGUCUUCUUCAAGGAACAUGCACAUGACUGUGCCGAAAACGAAGAAGUUGCCCUUUGCCAAUGUCUCGCCACUCCCGGGAAUCAAGCACCCAAAGCCGUAUGACACCAUCAUACGCUUCAUCAAGACCUUCAAGUACAUUGUGGUCCCCGUCUCCAUCAUGACCUACUGCUUUGGCUGGUACUGGUGGGUGCUUUCGGUUGUGACGCUGGUCCCCAUCGCCUACGCGACAUAUGCGGUACACAUUCAGGGGCUUUUAUAUCUCGGCCUGAUUGUGGGCACCUUGAUUUCCGAAAUCUUUUGCUCCGGCCGUCUGAGCGACUGGAUGGUGGUCAAACUCGCCAAGUCCAACAACAACCAAAAGACGCCAGAGAUGCGUUUGUGGCUAGCAUAUCCCGCCGCCGUCUUGACUGCGGUUGGUCUAAUUGUCUGGGGCGUCAGUGUGGAUCAGGGCUACCACUGGAUGGUGGGCCAAGUAGCCUUUGCUCUCUUUGGUGCCGGCAUCCAAAUGGGAAACACGGCCAUCUGUUCGUACGUGGUGGAUGCCUACCCGAUGCAGAGCAUGGCCACCAUGACCUUUUAUGCCGUCAUGCUAAACUUGUCCGCCUUUGUUGACCCAUUCUUCAUUGUGCCGUGGGUCGACAAUGUCGGCUUUACCUGGGCGUUUGCUGGUCAUGCCAUAAUCACCGUCUUCUUUUGCAUUCCGCUGCUGGCAGCAUUGCAUCGAUUCGGCCCGGCAAUGCGUGAGAAAUCCGGAAGCCCAUCGUGGGUAAACCCGGAAUUCGAGCAGACUGACAUGGAUGCGGCGAGCUGAGUUCAGCGUUGACUAGGUAGAAAUAAUAUUCUU